GAAACAUAUAAAGAGGGCAAGGCGCACCUCAUUUUUAUCUUGAUCUAUCAUCUCCAACAUCUUAUUCACCGAUCAAUAAUAGUCUAAUACAUUAAUAUCAUCCAUCAUGCAGCUGACCAACCUCUUCUACUUCGCCGCAGCUCUGACUUCUGUCUCAGCCGCGACUGUCUCCUACGACCCCGGCUACGGUGAAUCCGGCCGCGCCCUCACAGCCGUCGCCUGCUCCGACGGCAAAAACGGCCUCAUCACAAAGUACAAGUGGAAGACCCAAGGCCAAAUCCCCAAGUUCCCUUACAUUGGCGGUGCGCAAGCCGUCGCGGGCUGGAACUCUCCCAACUGCGGUACUUGCUGGAAGCUCACUUACAAGGGAAAGAGCAUUAAUGUCUUGGCGAUUGAUCAUACCGAUGCGGGAUUCAACAUCUCGCCUGCUGCGAUGAAUGCGCUUACGAAUAAUCAGGCUGUUAAGCUUGGAAGGGUUGAUGCGACUGCUACCCAGGUCGCUAUUAGCAACUGUGGUCUCAAAUAAGCGCUGGACUGGUAUUAAUGAUCUGUUGGUGGUGGUGAUGCUGGUGGAUUGAUGACGAUUGGAUGUGUAAUGAAUCUUGAUUUAAUGAUAAUUCUUACUCGACUUCUACUCGCACAAUCUGUUUGAUCAAGUAUUCGCUUUCGUGUCAAAUCUCAGCUAUGACAUUAGCGGCAAUAGAAAGCGUUUAGCUUGAUAGAGCUUCUUUUUGCAUGAAC